CAGGCCCUCAUGCACACAAGACAUGUUCAACUUGGGACUAUACUUUAACCCCGGAUGGAUUCCAGCCGGCCCCAACAUCAGAAAUGGCCAAAACCUGAUUCCUCAUCGUCAAGCUACAAUCAAAAAAUACCCUGAAGAGAAUGAGUUUCAUUACCUGGAGGCUCAGUCACAACGCAAGGCGACUUGACCUGCAAGUCAUUGUCUGUCCAACAGGAAUUCUAUCGCAAGUUGCGAUCUGCAACCGUGUCUCCCAAUUCUUGAAAUCAAAUAUGUAACAUGUUUUUGUUGGUGUUUAGAAUGGCACAUAUGGUCUAAAAGAUUCUCAUUGUCUAUAUGAUAC